AUGGUGACAAGUCUAAAAAACACAAAAGGAAUUACAGAUGACUUAUCGUCAUCAUCUGUUUUCGAUACUCCUUGUUCAAGUGUAUCAUCAACAUCGCCAGAUAAACAAGAUGUUGUAAUAGUUCUUGAUGAUGAUAAUGCUGAAAAUGAUAUUAAAAUUGAUAAACAUUCCAUUACAGAUAUAAUAGAAAAAUAUGAUAAUUUAAUUGUAAACAGUUUAAUUGAAAAACUUGAAAUUAAUACAGAAUUAAUUAUUGUCAAGCCAAAUUUACCUAUACGAAUAUGUGCAACAGCCAAAGCUUAUUCCAAUCUUCAAGAUACGCACAUAAUUAUGGUUCUCAAUCCUCGUCUAUCAACUUCUGAAUGUGUAACUAAACGGCAAGCAUAUAUUCAUGAGCCUUGUCCAUCUUUCGAUGUGCCAAUACGAACACGUGUAUUUCAUCGUUCAUUAUCAUUACUUGGCUUUGUAUUUGAAAUGCCUUGUCCAAUAAAAAAUCAAAAUCGAUAUCUUGUUUUAUAUGAUAAUUUCACUGCUAAUUAUCAUUCACAUUUAGAAUUUCAUCUUUGUUUAUGUCAAGACUUCCGACGACAUCUUUUAAAUAUAGACUAUAAAGAAUUACGAGCACAUUAUCAAGAUGCUUUUCAAAAUUCAAAUAAAAUAAAACAAUCAAAUUAUAUGAUAGGUAAUAUAAUUCGUGUACGAAAAUUCGGUAAUCAAUAUCACAAUGUUCGUAUUAUUGAUAUCGAUUGUUCAAUAAUAAAGAUUUGUUUUUUCGAACGAAAAUCAAAAAAAGAAAUAUGGAUUCAUACAAACUCAUCAAUUAUUGAACCAUCACAACAAAUAUCACAAUCAGCAACACUAUCGAUUCCAUCGUCGCCACAAACACCAACCGAGGAACUAAAUAAUUCGUAUUCUGAUCUAUCACGACUACGAAAACGAAAAGAUCAAAAUAGCAAUGCAAACAAAGGUGCUAAAAAACUUCGAGAUCGAUCUAACACUAAACAACUAUCAAUGCAACAUCAACAAUCUUCUUCAACAUCCAACGAGCAACUUUCAAUAACAACAUGUCGUACUAAUAUUCUAACACCUUAUUAUACUAAUAUUCUCUUACCGAAAUUUCGAAUGCUUAAUGCUUUGCCUUCAAUAUCACAUAAAUGUAGUCGACAGUGUGUUCUAUCAGCAGAAGAACAUUUUUCUCCCAGAAAAAUUCAAACAAAUCCAUUUUUACUUCCAUUUGAAUGUAAUUGGUCCAUUGUUGAUAGCAAACCGCGUGGUUAUCGAACUCCGUGCUGUCAAAUACUUUACUCACUCGAUGAUAUUGAACAAUAUCUCUAUCGAACACAAUCGAAAUUGUCAAUAAAAUUUUUCAUUGAUGGCGUUUUAACUCGUUUUCAACCAUCGAUCGAUGAUUAUGAUAAAAAAUUUCUUAUAUUAAAUGAUCUUUCAAAUGGACACGAAAACGUUAAAAUACCUGUAUAUAAUGAUAUUGAUAAUGAUAGACCGGAUAAUUUUAAUUAUAUCACAAAAAUUCGUCCGAUUGACAAUCGAAUAGCUGCGGCACUUAAUGAUAACAAUGCAACAUCGUGUUGCGAUUGUAUUGAUAAUUGUAAUGAUCGAAUGAAAUGUGCUUGCUUUCGAAAAACAUUAAGUCAAGCUCAAAUCAAUCACGACCCAUUAGUUAUGGAAAAAGAAAAGAAUCGUUAUACGCUUGCAUACAUGUUAAAAACAACAGGUUAUCAACGUAAACGUUUACUUAAUCCAAUAUCAAGUGGUGUUUAUGAAUGUAAUUCAAAAUGUUCAUGUCACCGUGAACAUUGCUCAAAUCGUCUUGUACAGCAAGGUUUAUUCGUACAUUUACAAUUAUUUAAAGAUAAAGUAAAAGGUUGGGGUUUACGUGCACUGCACGAUUUACCACGUGGAACAUUUCUUUGUCAAUAUAUUGGAGAAUUGUUAACAUCGGAUCAAGGACAUGAACGUGCGCAAAGUAUGGAUGAUAAAUAUCAAACAAGUCUUGAUUUAGUUAAACAAGUUCAUUAUGAAAUUAAUAAUGAAGGUGGCGAUGAUAUUGAUGAUGAUGAUGAUGAUGAACCGUAUGUUGUUGAUGGAAGUUUAUUUAGUAAUUUAGGAAAAUAUUUUAAUCACGCUUGUGAACCAAAUAUGUUUAUUCAAAAUGUAUUUAUUGAAUCCCAUGACCUUCAUUUUCCAAAUCUAGCUUUAUUUACUCGAACACAUGUUAAAGCUGGUCAAGAACUUACAUGGCAUUAUAACUGUGAACUCCUGCCCGAUCGUGAAGUGAAAUGUUUUUGUGGUUCGAAAAAUUGUCGUGCAAUACCAAUAAUAAAUGGAUCUCUAUCAACAACAUCAUCGUCGUCACAAUCAACAGAUGAAUCAAUAUUAUCAACAUUAAAUUUAACUAAUAUAUCAAAAAUUAAACGAAAUUUAUUUUCUCGUAUGAUAUCAUUUAGAUAUUUAUCAAGUCAUAAAACAUCAAUAUAUCGUUCUUAUAAUCUACGAUCGUUUCAACUUGGACAUGAUCAAUAUUCUGUUGUUAUACAUUUUCUUGAUGAUACCGAACGAACAUUUCAUAUUGACCGUCGUUGUAAAGGCAUUGAUUUAUUAAAUGAAGUUUUUGAUUAUUUGGAAUUAUCAGACGAAAGAAAAUAUUUUGGUUUACUCAUUGAAGAUCUAACACAAGAUUUUGCCUAUCGAUGGUUAGAUUCAACGAAAACACUGAAAAAACAAUUAAAAACAAAUAUAUUAUCGUAUCAUCUUUAUUGUAAAAUACGAUUCUUUGUUAAAGAUCCAGCGAAACAAAUCGACGAUGAAUUUACUAAAUAUUUAUGUGUUUUACAAAUAAAAAAAGAAUUAUUAAGUGGUAAACUCUCAUGCCAAAGAUCAACAGCUGCUAUUUUAGCUGGUUACAUUAUACAAAGUGAACUUGGUGAUUAUGAUGUAAACAAACAUCAAAAACGAUAUUUAAACGAUUUUCAUUUUAUACCAUUUCAAAAUUCAGAUUUUGAAAAUGAAAUUCAAAAAUACCAUAAACUAAAUAGAGGUCAAUCGCCAGCUGAUGCUGAAAAUAAUUAUCUUCGAGUAGCUAGUUCGUUGGCUAUGUAUGGCGUAGAACUACACAAAGCAUCUGUUAAAAUAUCAAAUACAAAUAAUAGUUUACACAAGUCUAUUAUUGAAUUACAUGUGGGUGUUUGUGCUAUUGGAAUAUCGAUUUUUCAAAAUUCAAUUAAGAUUAAUACCUUUUCUUGGGAUCAAAUAACAAAAAUAUCAUUUAAAAGACGAACAUUCUAUGUUCAACUGAUUAAAAAUCCCAAUUCUUCCGAUAACAAUUCUAUUGUAUUUACAUUACGUAAUUAUUGUUGUUGUAAAUAUUUAUGGAAAUCAUGUGUUGAUCAUCAUACAUUUUUUCGUUUCACAUCCUUGCCAAAAGUCAACAUUGUACAAUUUAUUAAUAAAUUUCGAUUUCGUACGGAUAUUGUACCAAAUGAAUUAAUAGCAAAACCAAACGAACAGAAACGAAAAAGAUUCGAACGAGUAUCAAGCCGAAGAACAAUGCGUACAAUAGAUGGUUCAUCAACAUUGCCGGCAUCUUCCAAUCAUCAUAAAUUCUUCAUAACUAAAGGCGGCAAUUUAAAAACAAGUUUGUUUCGCUCAUCAUCGAAUGCAUCACUAGGAAAAUCGGAACCAAUCGUUAAUAAAAAAUCAUCACUUCAAUCAGAACCACCAUCAAAGCCUCCACGAGAUAUUUCAUCGAUUAAUACUAUACUUACUGAUGAGAAUGAAUUGAAACUCAAAACUCCAGUACUAACUCCAAGUGAUGAUCAAGAUAGUCUACAAAUGUCAACUCAAAAUCUCCUAUUAAACGAUUCAUCUAUUUCUUAUGAAACAUCAUCUUUUGAUCAACAUGUAAUCUUAAUAAAAAUAAAGCCCGAUAUCGAUGGUCGAUAUGGUUUUAAUAUUAAAGGAGGUACAGAUAAACAAGCAUCAAUUAUAGUUGCAAAAGUAGUAGCCAAUACAUCAGCAAGUCGAGCAUUACUUCAUGAAGGUGAUACUAUCUUAGCAAUUAAUAAUAUUGAUAUUCGAAAUUAUUCGCAUAAUGAAAUUAUAAAUAUGAUUCAAAAUUCUCGUGAAAGACAUUUGGGCGAAUUAGAACUUCUUAUAAAACCUUCUGAUGAAACAAACUUACUAAAAAACUCAUUGGAAAUAAUACGCAAUGAUAUUUCACUCAAUCAUUUGAUUGAACAAUAUCAAACACUCGAACGUCAAAAAGAUGGUUUUACUUUUGAAAUUGCUCGUAGCCAAGAUAAUUAUUAUCGUAACCGUUAUAAAGAUGUAUUACCUUAUGAUCAAACACGUGUUAUACUGAAAACAAAUUCAGAAAAUGAUUAUAUCAAUGCAAGUUAUAUUAAUAUGCCAAUCAAUUCAACCGAUAUCAUUAAUCGUUAUAUAGCUACUCAAGGACCAUUGCCAAUGACAUGCGAACCCUUUUGGCGAAUGAUAUGGGAACAAGAAUGUACUUUAAUUAUAAUGUUAACAACUUUAUUUGAAAAUGGUCGAAUUAAAUGUCAUCAAUAUUGGCCAAAUCUAUUAGAAACAAUUGAUUUUGGUUCGUUUACAAUUCGAUGUAGUCGUGAAACGAAUGAAAAUGAAUUUAUCUAUCGCGAACUUAUAAUUUUAAAUAAGAAACAAAAUCUAGAAAGGAUUAUUUAUCAAAUACAAUAUGAAACGUGGCCGGAUCAUGAUGUACCGAAUAAUUAUGCUUCGUUUGUUGACUUCGUAUUAGAAAUUCGAGAAUUAAGAAAAAUGAAUAAACAAAUUCCAAUUCUGGUUCAUUGCAGUGCUGGUAUUGGUAGAACAGGUGUGCUAAUAUUAAUGGAAACUGUCCUAUGUCUAAUUGAAGCAAAUCAAGCAAUAUCUCCGCUGAAUAUUGUUCGACAAAUGCGGGAACAACGUUUAGGAAUGAUUCAAACAGCUAGUCAAUAUCAAUUUGCGUGUGAAGCAAUACUCUAUGCAUACGAUCAUGGAUUGAUAGAAGUCAACAACAAUUAA